GCCGCGACACGAGGGGGCGGGGCCAUAGCGGUGCCGGGCGCGCGGCGGCGGGCGCAGGUGCUGAGCCAGGAUGGGUUUGGCUGAAGACAAAGUGUACACCCAUAUUACGAGGAACCUCAAGAAGUUCGGGACUAUCCGAGUGGCAUCGCUGGCCAAUUCCCUGACCUGCCUGGUCGAUUCUGACAGAGAUGAACUCCUCGCCCGGGAGGAGACACGGGGCAAUCAGGCAGCUGUCUUUAGGUUUUAUCAGCACCUGAGGUGCCGGAAGGGCUGGGUGCAGGAUCUCAUCCAGGCACUGCACCAGAACAACGCGGGGCACUUGGCUGAUGAGCUGCAGGAAGUCUAUGACACGUGGCAAUCUCCACCUCGUUCCUCAGCUCCUGCUGCUGCCUCCUCCCUUCCCAAUGAUGCCCAUCCCGCUGCCUCCUCUGCCAGUGCCCAGAGGCCAAAUCCUGCCCCGAAGGCUGGGCAGCUACAUCGAGACCUGCCCAUUGGUGACCAUCCACCUGUCCUGCCCAGUGCUGCCACCGUCACGAGCACAGACCUGGAGGCCAGAGUGCCGGUGCAGGAAUCGCUCCCUAAAAAACUCCUGGAGCAAGAGAGUCCCCAGCCUGUGAGCGGUGGGCACAGCGGAGAGGGGAAUCUCUCACACCCCGCUGGGGCUGUGCCGGUGUCAGCAGGGACACCAGGGGUGGCCGUGCCAUCAGCUGUGUCCCCAGAGCGGGGCCGGGACUGGCUGAGCCGCCGGCCGGUGUGUGUGGACAACGGGUUUUUUGGGAAUGCCAACCACCUGCACCGCGGCACACCGGGCCUGGCCCUGGGCAGGUCUGUUCCAUCGAGGGAUGCAGGUGCCACUCACAGCCCUGGGCAGCCCAGGAAUGAGCCCGAAGAGAGCUCGGAUAUCUCCAUGGAGUCACCACCAAGGCUGGAGGGGGCUGCUCAGGGUGUGGGGCAGCAGCCCCCAAACUCAGUGCCAAAAAAGAAGCCCGUGCCAAGCUCUGGGCAUGGUGAACCCGCAGGCAGCUUUGUAGAUGUGUACAGCCCCCUCCUCAUACAGCAGCAGUUUGAUGCGGAGAAGAAGCGGCUCGGGAUGCUGCAAGAGCACCCAGGGAGUGGAGGUGCUUCGAUGGAAACAACUGCCCUGGGUGCUACCCCUGUGCCCAGAGACACUUUCCCAUCCUGUGACACCUCCGUGAAGUCUCUUACGCAAGAGAAGAAACUGUCCAUUGGGAAUACAGCCAGCAGCACCCCCUCUGUGCCAGCAAAGGAGAAAGUGCUCCCAGCCUCAGCAAACCCUGUCCUGGGCACAGCUGUGGCAGGAGGCUCCAAAGGCGUGACUGGGAGAUCGGUUUCCCAGGUGAGCUCUGCCACAAGCAUCUGGGCAUCUCACACUGAAGAGGAGAGGGAAGAGGAGCUCAGCAAACCAGGUGUCCUCAUGUCCAUGCCUCGGGGCAGCCCAGAGGUGGCCAGCAGAUCCCUGGGCUCUCGGGAGCCCAGCAACCCCCGUUCCACCACCUCCAGUAGCCUUCAUCUCAGCAGUGACCCGAUCCUGGUGAGCAGGGAUACCCUGAGCUUGAAAAAAAUGUCCAGAGUCUCCUCAUCUCCUGCACACCCCGGAGGAGAGGAGGCAUCUGAAGCAAGGAGACACUCCUGUCCUGCUCCGAGCUGGGACAGCACCUCCCCGGGCACCCAUGAGGUCUGUGUGGAUCAUCACACCAGCAUCCAUCUCGCAGCCGGCAGCAACGGAGUCAGUCCCGUCGGAAGCGCCGUGGAUUCUAACUCUGCCAGUGGCUGUGAUGCUGCCACCAGCUCACCUCAGGCUGGAGUCCCAGAGGGGGACAGCAAUGGCCUGUCCCUGCUGUACAUCCUUCCGGCUGCUGGCCUCGUUUCUGCCGUUGCAUUCGCGUUGUACGCUCGGCUGUGGAAAUAGGGAAUGGGUUGGCACGACCGUGACGCAGCCAGGGGAUUCCUCUGGCAACAGGAUUUUGGUCAAUGCAUUUAAAGCCUGAAGAGUAGCGGGGGGCAUUGUUAAAUAUUAGGGGCGUUGUUAGAUCUUUUUCUGGAAGGUUUUGCUGGAAGAGGCCUUGGUACAUGAUGCUGUUGGGUUUGGGUCUGUUCCUUCCCAUUUCCCAACUAUCUUCUUGACUGCAGCCUUCUCUCUUUCUACCCCUGGAGGAGAGGAUCUUGCUCCAAAAUGAUCCAUUGGAUCGUUUCAGUCAAAAAGGAAAGCAUUCAUGAUGAUUCUCCAUGUUUUUCUUGUUUAGUCUCAGGAGUCCUCAGGGAAACAUAUACUGGUGAUCCAAAGGUUCAAAUAUCCUCCAGGUCCCUUUGUGCAGUGCAGCCAGGAGAGGUUGUGCAGAUAUCCUGUAACAGUGGAGCUGGUUUUCUUCUUUAUUCUGCUCAUCUUGGCUUGAAAAUGUGUCCAAGGGUGGGUGCUGCAGCCUCCACUAGACAUCUCAUGUUCAGUUUGCCUUACUUGAUGUCUGUGGCUCUGCUGCUCCUUCUGAGAUUGCUUCAUGCACUACUGACCCUGGAGUCUCAGGAAAGAGCUGCAUCUAACCAGUGUUACCAAGGACUAACCUCAUUUCACCCCCUCCAGGCAAGGAAAGGGGUUUCUGAUUUAAGAGGAAUGUUACAGUGCCAACUUUAAGCAGUCUUGGUCCCACAAGAGGUUGUUGGUUGUCUUUGAUUUUUAGGGCUGGAGUUUUUGCAGCUUGUUGGAAAGGGUAGAUGGAGUUCUUGCCCUUCAUGAUACCAGUGGCUAUGGGAUAGGGGCAUAGGAAGCUUCAGCUCAGGCUGGGACACAAACAGGAUCAACUGCACUGCAGGGAGGCCAUACCAGAGUCUGAGAUGCUCUGGGGAGACCUUGUAGCAUCUCCCAGUGUCUAAAGGGCUUGGAACAAACUGGUCCUGUGGAAGGUGUCCCUGUCCAUGGCAGAGGGCUGGGAUGAGAUGCUAGUUAAUGCUCUUCCAAUCCAAACCAUUCUGGGACUGUAAAAUACAGUAAAGCAGUGAAAAAGCAACAGCCUGGAGCAGUUAGGUUGCUCCAGAUUGCUCCAAGCCCCACUGAACUUGGCCUUGAACUCUUCCAGGGAUGGGGCAGCCACAGCAUCUCUGGACAACCUGUGUCAAUGUUUCACCACCCUUGCAGGGAAGAAUUUCUUCCCAGUAUCCCAUCUAUCUCUGCCCUCUGACAGUGGGAAGCCAUUUCCCUUUGUCUUGUCACUCCAGGUCCUUGUCCAAAGUCCCUCUCCAGCUCUCUUGGAGCCCAUUUAGAUACUGGAGGCUGCUAGAAGGUCUCUUCAGAGUCUUCUCCAGGCUGAACACCCCCAGCUCUCCCAGCCUGGCUGCAGAACAGAGGGGCUCCAGCCCUCAGAGUUUCUCUGUGGCCUUCUCUGGUCUCAGUCCAGCAGCUAUACAUCCUUAUGUUGGGGCUGCAGAGGUGUACACAGCACUGCAGGUGGGGUGUCACCUGAGCAGAGCAGAGGAGCAGAAUCACUUCCCUCACCCCCCUUUGUAACAUUCAUCCUGAAUUCUUGCCAUCAGCACAGCUUCCCAAAAUCUGCUCUUCCUGCUGGCAGGGAGCAGGAGGGAGCUCAGCCCCCUAGGGCCUGGCUGCAAAGUGCAGCCAUCACACUCAGAGCUUGGUCUGUAGUGGUAAAAGUUCAUCAGCAAUGGCUGCUCCUCCCUCCCAAUACUUUCCUUCUGCCCAAAAAUCCAAGAAGUGCCUCCAUAAAACUAAGGACAACCAGUAUAUGCAAGAGGGAGGUGUUGAUUUUGGUGUGUCAGGGCUGCUUUCCAGAAGAGCUCGAGGUGUUCAUUCCUUGCUCAGUGCCUGGUGCUGCAGGAGCAAGGGACAGUCCUUUCAACACAAUGGGCCCCCUCUGCCAGGAGAAGGAAUGUGGGGGCUUCUUCCCGUUGAAGAUAAAAUGGUUAUCACUCCCUAAGGGGAGGCACAGGAAGGGAUUUGCCUUCUCCACACUUCAUGUAAUUCAGGGGAGAUCCAUGAGAUUCCAAACCAGCCGCAUCCAUACCAAGGCCCUCUUCUCUGAUGCUUUACUUGCCUGUGAAAUUCUUCACGUUUUUCCACGUGUUUAAGUAACAGCUCGUAUGCUUUGCCUUUUCACGUCAGAUUUCUCUUGUGAAGCAUCUGGCUUGUCACCACCUCAGACUGGGGAAAGCACAUGUUCAAAAUUGCUGCUGUGAAGUGCUGGGCUUUUCACAGUUGUUAUGUAGCAUUUUAAAGCCUCAUUGGCAGGAGAUGGUGCAGGAGGGAGCUGUGUCCCUGCACAGCUUUUACUAACAGGCUCAAAAGCCUUUUACUAACUAUAAUAAAUCAGUUUGAUGCUUCACACUUGACUUGUGAUUUGUGGGAUGAAGAGCAGGAGGCUGAUGACACUGUGGUUAGAGGGAAUGCUCUGAAGGGCUCUCAUGGCAGGGACACUGAGAGGAUGAAGCCAUCAGUGCCAGGAGGAGGUGACAGGGUUUAGGGACAGCUUCCAGACCUCAUUUUGGAGCAAGCACAGGACCUGGUCCACAGGAUGCCCACCGUCACAGAUC